AUGCCACGUAACGCAAAGUACCAACCUAUCACACGACUACAUCGAAGGACCCUGUACUAUUGCUUUGGUGCCGUUGCCGUCUUUGCGCUCGUCUACCUCUACCACCGACCCAUCGAUGCAUUUGCCGUCCCCUUCGAGCAACAUGUCGCAUACAUGAAUGUACCACCGGGCACACAUAAUUUCGUAGCCAAGGAUUCCUACGAUUGGCGCAAGGCCCCCUUCCGAAACAAGAUCGAAUCGUACACGCCGCUGCCCACUGGCCGUCCUCAUACGCUCCCACCGAUCCAAUAUAAAUUCGCCCAAGAGACGUCCUCGCAGAAGAGGUUGCGGGAGAAACGCCGUGUAGCGGUGCGCGAGGAAUUUGAACGGAGCUGGGACAGCUACAAGAAGUUCGCAUGGACCCGAGACGAGCUCACGCCGUUGAGCGGGAAAGGGGACGAUACUUUUGGAGGUUGGGGAGCGACAUUGGUGGACUCUCUUGAUACUCUGUGGAUCAUGGGCUUCAAGAAAGAAUUCUACGAGGCUGUCGAAGCUGUGGCGACAAUAGACUUUGGAAAAUCAGACAUGAGUACCAUCAGCGUAUUCGAGACCACCAUUCGCUAUCUUGGUGGCCUGUUGGCCGCAUAUGAUCUUAGCGGGGAGAAGGUGCUACUCGAUAAGGCCAUUCAAUUGGGAGAAAUGCUCUAUCGCGCAUUUGAUACCGACAAUAACAUGCCUCAGGACCGCCUCGCGGUCGAGCCCUCAAAGCUGUCUGAUGGGCCGGGAUUCUCAUCGGACAACAGUAUCUGUUUGGCAGGAAUUGGCUCCCUCACCAUGGAAUUCACUCGCCUAGCACAAGUCACCGGGCAAGCUAAAUACUACGAUGCUGUCGCUCGCGUGACAGACUUUUUCGACCGCGCGCAGAACACUACCCGCAUUCCAGGACUGUUUCCCAUUUGGGUGAAUGCAUACAAGCAAGAUAUCACGCAGGAUCGCACAUUCACCAUGGGUGCGAUGGCCGACUCCACCUACGAAUAUUUCCCUAAGAUGUUCGCAUUGCUUGGAGGGCUGGAACCGGUGUACGAGAAAUUGUACAAGGAUUCCGCCGAGAUGAUUGACAAACAUCUGCUCUACCGUCCCAUGAUCCCCGACACGGCGCGGGGUCAGGAAAUCCUGUUCAGUGGCAGUGCACACGCGAAAGACCCAGACCAUGUCAGUUUGGAUGCAGAAAUGCAGCAUCUGACAUGCUUUAUCGGGGGCUUCUUUGGCCUCGCUGGCCGGAUCUUCGAGAACGACCAUCAUGUUGAUUUGGGCGCAAAGCUGACCGAGGGUUGCAUCUUCGCCUACAGCUCCAUGCCAACAGGUGUUAUGCCUGAGAUUUUCGACAUCGUUGCUUGCGACUCGCGCUCUUCAUGCCCGUGGAACGCGACGAAAUGGGAAGAAGAAGUCCUUCGCAAGACCUAUGCCCACAGUCACGACGACUUUCAGGACAUGGUCGACGAACUAAAACUUCCCGAAGGCUUCACCGACCUCCGUGAUAAACGGUAUCUCCUGCGCCCCGAGGCCAUCGAAUCCGUCUUCAUCAUGCACCGCAUCACCGGACAGGAGGAGUACAUGGACCAUGCGUGGGACAUGUUCACCAGCAUCAGAAAGCACUCGAGUACGAGACUCGCAAAUGGUCAGAUCAUCGAUAUCACCGAGGCCGAUCCAUCGCCGCUGCCAGAAGACAAAAUGGAGUCAUUCUGGCUGGCAGAGACGCUCAAGUAUUUUUACUUGAUUUUCAGCCCGCCAGACAUGAUCGAUCUAGAUGAUUGGGUGUUCAACACCGAAGCUCAUCCUUUCCGUAGACCAAAAUGGACUCAGACGGUGACCGCAACUGGAUAG